AUGGCUUCGGAGACGGAGUCGUCGCUUGAGGUGAGCUGCUCGUCCAGCGGUGCGGUGCUGGGGCCCUCAGGGUCUCUACUUCCCCGCUCCCGCAUCUUCAAGAUCAUCGUGAUCGGCGACUCCAAUGUGGGCAGGACGUGCCUGACCUACCGCUUCUGCGCUGGCCGCUUCCCCGACCGCACAGAGGCAACUAUCGGGGUGGAUUUUCGAGAACGAGCGGUGGAGAUUGAUGGGGAGCGUAUCAAGAUCCAGUUAUGGGAUACAGCAGGUCAACAACGAUUCAGAAAGAGCAUGGUACAACACUACUACCGAAACGUACAUGCAGUUGUCUUUGUGUAUGAUAUGACCAACAUGGCCAGUUUUCAUAGCCUGCCAUCUUGGCUAGAAGAAUGCAAACAACAUUUGCUAGCCAGUGAUAUACCACGGAUUCUCGUUGGAAAUAAAUGUGACUUGAGAAGUGCCAUUCAGGUACCUACAGACUUGGCACAAAAAUUUGCUGACACACACAGUAUGCCUUUGUUUGAAACCUCUGCUAAAAACCCCAAUGAUAAUGACCACGUGGAAGCUAUAUUUAUGACCUUGGCUCAUAAGCUCAAGAGCCACAAACCAUUAAUGCUUAGUCAACCCCCUGAUAAUGGAAUUUUCCUGAAGCCUGAACCAAAGCCUGCAAUGACAUGCUGGUGCUAAAUAUUUAAUUUUGACUAAAGAAAUACUUUUGAAGAAUGACAGUGAUGAGUCAUGAGAUUUAACCUCAAAUAUAAUAGAUCAUCUUGAUACUCUGUUUGUCAUUGUCAUGCUUACUUUUGUACUUUGCAUCCAUGUAAUCAAGUUUGUCACUGUGCAAGUUGGUUUUCAGAUGAGGCUGAAAUGAAGCAAAGGUAUGAAGAAUCAGAAUGUCUUUCCAUUGAUAGCCUAAUAAAGGAGGGUUAAUAUCAGGGUGCAGUGGAAUUUUAAGAGUCAGCAACUAAUUCAAUCCUCUGUUCCUGGGAUUGAGAAAAAUAUAUAAAGAGUUUAGUACAUACCUACAGAUAAGUCCUUUGAAUGGGAAGUGUUCUCAAUAAGGUAAAAACUAUUAUUUACCUCUCCUCACAGUCCUUUAAUUUGUAUUAUUAAUGUAUUUAAUUGCAUUAUUAUUGGCACAUUUUAGAGCCUAAACUUUAGUGCCAGUGGGAGGAGAAGGAAGAGAAUGUUUUCUGGCUCUCAGUCCUUGAAGAAGGGCCUGUCCAAUACUCUAAAUUCUUCAUACUUCUAAUCAGUAUCAAUUAGUUCUAUAAAAAGCAUUAUUUUUAAAAGAGUAAUUUGAAUUGUGUUCUUACUAAAUUCUAUUAAAAUAUGCAAAAGUAAGUCAGAUUUUAAGAUAAAUUGAUAUAAUCAGGCACUUUAUAUUUUAUUUUGGCACAUUUAAACAAUGAGAAACAAAUUGAAAGCAUUGGAGGAAUUGUAACUUGGGGGAAAGUAGGUAAGCAUAGUUCCUGGCUACCACCACAAGACUUAUUUUAACUUUUAGUAAUUUCAAGCCGUGUGUCUGAUGUAUUAUCUCUUGCUCCUCCUCCCCUGAAUAAUUUAAUGACUAAAGUC